CUCCCGGGCGGCGGGGCGGUCCCCGGGGCCGCUUGCUCAGCCUCCCCUUUACCCAGGCAGCGCUCGCUGGCGAGGCCGCGGCUGGGAUAGUUGGAGGAGAUCUACUGAGCAAAAGCAGACAUUGUAUCUUCAGUUUUCAUCAAGUUUGCAGUCAGAUUGGAAAAGUUUAACUUGAAGCUUCCUUGCCUGCAGUGAAGCAGAGAAAUACAUCAUACUCACAUAAUAAAAGACAUGGGCUUCAACCUGACUUUCCAUCUUUCCUACAAAUUCCGAUUACUGUUGCUUUUUACCUUGUGCCUGACGGUGGUUGGGUGGGCCACCAGUAACUACUUUGUGGCUGCUAUUCAAGAGAUUCCUAAAGCAAAGGAUUUCAUGUUUAAUUUCAAUAAGGCCCUAGCUUUGGAGAAAGAAGCGACUCUGACUAAUGAAGCAUCCAUGAAAAAGGCAGAACUUGAUGACUGCCCCCCUAAGUCUCCACACCUCAGAGGCAAGAGCAAGCUCAUUUUCAAACCAGAUCUCACUUUGGAAGAGGUACAGGCGGAAAAUCCCAAAGUGUACGGAGGCCGCUAUCACCCUGAGGAAUGUAGGGCUCUGCAGCGGGUGGCCAUCCUCAUUCCGCACCGGAACAGAGAGAAACACCUGAUGUACCUGCUAGAGCAUCUCCAUCCCUUCCUGCAGAGGCAGCAGCUGGAGUAUGGCAUCUACAUCAUCCACCAGGCUGGAAGUAAAAAGUUUAAUCGAGCCAAACUCUUGAAUGUGGGCUAUCUGGAAGCUCUCAAGGAGGAAAACUGGGACUGCUUUAUAUUCCACGAUGUGGACCUGGUGCCCGAGAAUGACCUCAACCUUUACAAGUGUGAGGAUCAGCCCAGACACCUGGUGGUCGGCAGGAACAGCACUGGGUACAGGUUAUUCAGUAUCCCCAGGCUGUACUCAGAACAUAGAAACAAACAGCUGAGCUACAAAUUAGCUUUUGAGACGUCGCCUGUUAGAUGGUUACGUUACAAUGGAUAUUUUGGGGGUGUUACUGCCCUAAGCAGAGAGCAAUUUUUCAAGGUGAAUGGAUUCUCUAACAACUACUGGGGAUGGGGAGGCGAAGACGAUGACCUCAGACUCAGGGUUGAGCUCCUUAGAAUGAAAAUAUCCCGACCACUGCCUGACGUGGGUAAAUAUACGAUGAUCUUCCAUACCAGAGACAGAGGCAAUGAGGUGAAUAUAGAACGGAUGAAGCUCUUACACCAGGUAGCACGAGUGUGGAAAAGAGAUGGGUUGACUAGUUGUACUUAUAAAUUACUGUCUGUGGAACACAAUCCUUUAUAUAUCAACAUCACAGUGGACUUCUGGUCUGGUGCAUGACCUGGAAUCUUUUGGUGACACUUGGAAGGACGAAUUAUAUGAUUGCAAUAAUUUUGGCCUAGAGACUUCUCCUAGUAGCACACAUUCAGAACCUGUUACAACUAAUUAUUGGGCUGAAUUUUUCCUUUUUAUAUUUUCUUAGCAGAUAUGGAAUGUAAAACAAUUGUAGCAAGACAGCUUUCCUAGUUGUUUUUAUCAUGAGGGUCAAAUAUUGUGAUAUGGAUACUUAAAGGACUAAAUAUAAAAGGACGACUCAAAGGAUAUAAUGAAGGCUACUUGAGAACUGUGGUUGAAGGAGAUUUAUUUACAUUUGAAAUGGUAUAUUGUGGGGUAAAAGGCCACAGGAAAUAAGAUUACUGAAUGUCUCGGAGAACCAGAAGUGUUCUCAUUCGAGGAGGAAGAAAGGUACGAAGAUAUGUUUCUGUUACUUAUUUAUCCUGCACAGUCUUCUGUGAAAUGGGGUCCCGGGUGUGAAGAGGAAGGCCACAGAAGUGGGGAGAAAAGGUGAAGAAUCAAGAUGCGGUGGCCUUGGGAAGGAAGAGGUGGCGGAGGCAGAGUGGCGGAGGAAGAGGCUGCAGCUGCCUGGGGGUUGCUGGGUGCUGCCGUGGCUGCUCUGCAGUUAAUACGCCUUCCAGCAGUAGCGCAGCAGAGAACAUGUUACCUACUAGUUUUUAAGAAUUUUGUAAAAUGAUUUUGUACAUGUAGGAUAUGAAUUAGCAGUUUACAAAUUAAUACAUCUAUAAAAUACCUCUGUAGUAAAAUGAAAAAGCUUUGCGUACUCA